CGCGCGUUCCCUUCUCCCCUCCUCCUCCUCCCCAUUCCCCGCUCUCGCGCUCCUUCUCCCCCCCCUAAUUUCCCCCCCACCCGCCUCCCUGUCAGUGCGGUGGCUGCGCUGGGAAACAUGGCGUCGGAGGGGAUGAUUUUAACGAACCACGACCACCAAAUCCGCGUCGGGGUCCUCACAGUGAGUGACAGUUGCUUCAGGAACCUUGCAGAGGAUCGUAGUGGGAUAAACCUUAAAGACCUCGUCCAAGAUCCUUCUUUGUUAGGCGGGACUGUAUCUGCAUACAAGAUAGUGCCAGAUGAAAUAGACGAAAUCAAGGAGACAUUGAUAGACUGGUGUGAUGAAAAGGAGCUUAACUUGAUUUUAACUACUGGAGGAACAGGAUUUGCGCCAAGGGAUGUCACACCAGAGAAAUUCCCAACAUUCCCAUUUUGUGGGCUCCAGAGAGGGGCUACUAAAGAAGUAAUAGAACGAGAGGCCCCAGGGAUGGCCUUGGCAAUGCUGAUGGGAUCACUUAAUGUUACACCUCUGGGCAUGCUCUCUAGACCUGUAUGCGGAAUCAGAGGGAAAACUCUUAUAAUUAAUCUUCCAGGUAGCAAGAAGGGGUCCCAGGAAUGCUUUCAGUUUAUACUGCCAGCCCUACCUCAUGCCAUUGACCUUUUGCGGGAUGCCAUUGUAAAAGUAAAAGAGGUGCAUGAUGAACUUGAAGAUCUACCUUCACCACCACCACCUCUUUCUCCACCUCCAACCAUCAGCCCACACAAGCAGACAGAAGACAAAGGUGUACAGUGUGAGGAAGAGGAGGAAGAGAAAAAAGAUAGUGGAGUUGCUUCAACAGAGGAUAGUUCCUCCUCACAUAUAACUGCUGCAGCCAUUGCAGCUAAGAAGCAUCCAUCCUACACCAGUUCUGCUGUUAUCAUGGCAAAAGGUGAACAUCCCAUUCCUGGUCUCAUCUGUUAUUCCCAUCACGCAUCAGGCAGUGCAGGAAAACCGAUUCCAGAUUCCAUCAUAUCUCGUGGUGUUCAGGUGCUUCCACGAGACACGGCCUCACUUAGCACUACCCCUUCAGAAUCUCCUCGUGCACAGGCCACCUCUCGCCUCUCCACUGCUUCCUGCCCAACACCAAAACAAAUUAGACGCCCGGAUGAAAGCAAAGGAGUUGCUAGUAGAGUUGGAUCCCUCAAACUCCAUCGAAAGCUGGAGGAGCUCAGAGAUCACCUAGAAGGAAAUGUCAAAGGAUGCUCUCUCCGAGUAAAUGCUCGGCUCCCUUCGUGCUCAUCCACCUAUAGUGUUUCUGAGGUCCAAUCCAGGUGCAGCAGUAAGGAGAAUAUCCUCAGAGCCAGUCAUAGUGCUGUAGACAUUACAAAGGUGGCAAGAAGACACCGUAUGUCUCCAUUUCCAUUAACAUCUAUGGACAAAGCCUUCAUCACAGUGCUGGAGAUGACCCCAGUGCUUGGAACAGAAAUAAUAAAUUAUCGAGAUGGAAUGGGCAGAGUCCUUGCCCAAGAUGUUUAUGCAAAAGACAACCUACCACCCUUCCCAGCUUCAGUAAAAGAUGGUUAUGCUGUCAGAGCUGCUGAUGGACCUGGGGAUCGUUUCAUCAUUGGGGAAUCCCAAGCUGGUGAACAACCAACUCAAACUGUAAUGCCUGGUCAGGUAAUGAGAGUUACAACUGGUGCUCCAAUACCCUGUGGUGCUGACGCUGUGGUGCAGGUGGAAGACACAGAACUCAUCAGGGAAUCAGAUGAUGGCACCGAAGAACUUGAGGUGCGCAUUCUGGUGCAGGCUCGACCAGGCCAAGAUAUCAGACCUAUAGGACAUGACAUUAAAAGAGGUGAAUGUGUGCUGGCCAAGGGAACCCAUAUGGGUCCAUCAGAGAUAGGUCUCCUAGCAACUGUUGGAGUAACAGAAGUUGAAGUUAACAAGUUUCCAGUGGUUGCAGUAAUGUCCACAGGGAAUGAACUAUUGAAUCCUGAAGAUGACCUGCUACCAGGAAAGAUUAGAGACAGUAAUCGUUCAACUCUUCUAGCAACAAUUCAAGAACAUGGGUACCCAACAAUCAACUUGGGGAUUGUGGGAGAUAAUACCUUUGAACUCAUUGGCCAGAACUCUGGAAGUCCAGAUGAUUUACUUAAUGCCUUGAAUGAGGGUAUCAGUCGUGCUGAUGUAAUCAUCACAUCAGGAGGUGUGUCCAUGGGUGAAAAGGACUAUCUUAAACAGGUGCUGGACAUUGAUCUUCACGCUCAGAUUCACUUUGGCAGGGUUUUUAUGAAACCAGGGUUGCCAACAACCUUUGCAACUUUGGAUAUUGAUGGUGUAAGAAAAAUAAUAUUUGCACUCCCAGGGAAUCCUGUGUCAGCAGUUGUUACCUGCAAUCUUUUUGUUGUCCCAGCACUGAGGAAGAUGCAGGGAAUCCUGGAUCCUCGUCCCACUAUCAUAAAAGCCAGGUUAUCAUGUGAUGUGAAAUUGGACCCUCGUCCAGAAUAUCAUCGGUGCAUACUGACUUGGCAUCACCAAGAACCACUGCCUUGGGCACAAAGUACAGGGAACCAGAUGAGCAGUCGUCUGAUGAGUAUGCGCAGUGCCAAUGGACUGUUGAUGCUACCUCCAAAGACAGAGCAGUAUGUGGAACUUCAUAAGGGCGAGGUGGUUGAUGUCAUGGUCAUUGGAAGACUAUGAUGUCACCAGCAAGAGAGAAGUUUUGAUGCAUGUCCACAUAUCAUUGACUGUAUCCUGUAAUAUGCAACGGCACAGCUAGUUUUUCUGAUUUGGAUAAAAGUUGAUCAGUAUAGUCAACACCUUGAACUAUAUUUCAAAUGAAUUUAAAUAAAUACCUUUUAAAAAAAAACUUUAAAAACAAAUCUUAAAGAAAUCUAUUCUGAUUAUAUCAAAGCAACUUUUUCCUUUCUUGCAAUUGCUUUGUGUGUUCAAUGCUAGUUCUGAUAGCGGUAGCUUUUAGUAGACAGCGGUAGGUGCCUGCAGAACUUGUGUUUUUUCUCAUCUUUAAGAUACAACUACUUAUGCUCUUAAAACAAGGCUGUCUGCUUAUUUAUACUAGCGUAGACAACACUUGGAUUUCCCUUAUUAGUAUGCUUCAUAACCGCUUCACAGAAAGCUUCUGCUUGUUCUUUAUCUUGUAUCUCGUGUUGAUGUGCACAGUGCCAAAAGCAGAGUGGCUGCAUUGGGAACCCGACCAAGCCCCGAGGUUUUCACCCCUUGCUGCGCGUUCAGGGAUAUCUGUCAUCCCAGCAGCCACCCAGCUCAGUACUAUUGGGCAGUAACUGGAUACCUUUUGUUUAAACAAACAACAAAAAUUGCUUCCUUAAGUGCUGACAGCCUUUUUAACCAAUACAUUUAAAAAUGUACAGAAUUAAAAUCUUAAAAAAUCAAAGACUGAUCUUGUACAGAUAUUAGUGUUACCAGCAUUCGUGUGGAAAUUAAAUGAGAAAAGAAAUAAAACUAAUGUUAAACAACUCUGUACCAUAACAUUUUCUGUAAUGAUACUGAAACUUAAAUGAAUAAAAAAAAAUCCUGGAUCAUUAUUUAAAA